ACAUCUUAUUACACAAAAGAUUCAAUUAGAAUUUCUUGUUACGACAUCAAAUUCAUUGCAGUCUAUUUCUAUCAUUUGAAGAAAUCGGUUGUUAAGGAUGAAAGUCAUUAACAUAUAUUUGGUUACGUUUAUUUUUCUAAGAGGAAUUCAAGAUACCUCACCAACAAAUGGUUACAUCGAUGGACUGCUAAAGCAUUUAAAAGAAGAAUCAAAACUACAUCAAGUUAUAUUCAUUGUUGACGAUGUGCAAAAUAUUACGGACCCAAUACUACAAUCAACCAUAACGAGUGUCAAUUCCCACUUUCCAUCUGUAAUCUUUAGUUAUAACGAUUUGGAAACAAUUUUACUCACAGAUCCAAGGUUAGAGAUGCCAAAGAAUCUUUACAAAAAAGCUGGUCCUUCACUGCUGGUUUACGAAAUGUCAAAACUGGACUUUGAUUUCCUUUUUUUUACGGAUAUUUAUCAACUUAAUGGACUUUAUUAUCGACGGGAAAUUCAACAUAAAAUAUUAAUUCUAAAUUCCGCAUCCUCAAAUUAUACGAUUAUUGAAAGAAUUUUAUCUACUGCCUGGAGAUUAAAGUAUUUAGACUUUACCUUACUGACAUACAGUAAUGAACAACCGCAUAAAAUAAUCAAAUCAAGUUCCUUAAUGUCAUCAUUUCUGAGUCACCUAAAUCCUUUUAAUCAAAAUUAUUCCCACGAAUUGCUGUCAGCAAAAAGUGAAUGGUUUCCAAAUAAAUUGCAGAAUCUCAAUGGAUAUAGAUUAGAAGUAGACUGUAAAUCUGUUUAUGAUUCAUCUGAAGUUGAAUACAACAGUUCCAUGAAAUUACUAGACAUUCUUGAAAAGGCAAUGAAUUUUAAAUCAAAUGUGACACAAUUUAUAGAUAUUGCAAGCAAGACAUAUUUUGAAGCAGACAACGAUAAAAAAAAAGAUAUAUUACUUAAAAAUAUUUUAAGCUUAUCGGAUUUGACGAUAAGUUUGCAAGAACUAUUUCAAUCGAAUAAUGAACUUAAUUGUUUUUGUCAGCAAAUCGUAGUUCUUAAUAUUGUUAGAAUAAAUGUUGUUAUUCCAAAAGGAUUAAAAUGUAACGAAGGCAUUGAAGUUUCAGAACAAAUUUGGCAUAUGAUCCUAGCAACGAUUUGUAUGAUUAGCGUAAUGCGACUCGCAGUAUUUUUAUUAAAAUUCAAGAAGAGAGCUUGGCAAACGUUAAGCAUCUUUCAGAUUGUAAUCGGAAUGGGAACAUCCGAGGAACCACUUACUUUAACAGAAAGAACAAUUUUCGGCUCACUGUUAAUUACAUGCAUUGUCUAUACAAGUUAUUUUUACUCCGUCAUUUUGGACGUCAGCUUAAAAUCAACUCCCGAAAUUUCAACUCUUGCAGAACUUAUGAAUACGAAUAUAUCUGUAAUUACUACACUUAAUGGAGCAGAACUAUUAUAUUAUACUUUAUUUUCACAAUCUGAUGUUAAAAGGUGGAUUUUGAAAGAAAUAGUUUAUCCAUCUGGAGACGAAGAAACAUGUUUGAAGCAAUUGUCUAAUUUUCAAAAUAUUUGCUGUAUUCUUAAAGACGGUGCUUAUCAUAUUGCGGAAUAUGAAGUUAAAUACGGAAAACUAAAUGGAAAAAUAUUGCAGGAGACUGUUGCAAGUGGAUACAGUACAUUCACGGCACAUUAUUUAUCACCAUAUGUCAAUCGAUUUAGGGAAAUAAUUCUAAAAGCAUCUGAAUUUGGAUUCCUUGAAGAUUUCUAUAAGAAUAUUCCACAUGUACUGAGUGAUAUACCAAAACCAGAAGAAAUUACUAAGGAUAAACUGUUACCCAUACUGCUUUCUGUACUAGUCAUUGGAUACUCUCUUGCCAUCAUUGUUUUUCUUCUUGAAGUAAUAACAGCGAAAAUUAAAAGCAGAUAUUCAAGGAAAAAGCCUCUUUAUCGAUUUGUCAAUUAAAAAGAUACAACAGAACUUUCCUGAUGCGAAAAGAUCUUCUAAUAGAUUCUCGCCAAAGUAGAGCAGGGAAAUUGUAGACAUUUGGAAGAAAGAUGUUAUCAAUUAUCUUUAAUAAUUUUAAUGGUUGAUUAACA